AUGGCGUCAGCGCAUGUGCUGCUGGUGGCUCUAUGGCUCGUGACGUGGCUAACGACAGUCGCUUUCAUCCCUGCAGCCCUCGCCAGCCCUGACACGGAGGAGCUGUUGAACCUCAAAGCGGCGUUCAUGGCGUCCAAUCCUGCGGCGUUGCAGUCGUUUCCAGACGACAUCGACCCGUGCAGCGCGGAGUGGCAGGAGAGGAUCAAGUGCAACGAGCAUGGCCGGAUCAUAGAGCUCAAUCUCGCCAACGAGCUGCUCAAAGGGCCAAUCCCAGGCCGACAGCUGGCGCAGCUGGAUGCAUUAGAGCGCCUAAAUUUGGGGUACAACUCUCUAACUGGCCCCAUUCCCAAGGACCUUGGCUCUCUCAACGGCCUCACUUUCCUGUCGUUUGAGGCGAAUCAGCUGGAGGGACCUAUCCCGGACUGGAUGGCGCCACUGCUCUCACGGCUCAUUGAAAUUCGCUUCGCCAACAACCAGUUCAACGGCUCUCUGCCUAGAAGCCUCGGCACCCUCCGGAAUCUAACCACCCUGGACAUGGGCAGCAACAAGUUAUCGGGCGAGCUACCACCACAGCUAGCCUACUGCAGUAACCUCAGACUCAUCUCUUUUCCAGCCAAUCAGCUGUCGGGUCCCAUCCCCGAGUGGCUAGGGAACCUCAAGCAGCUUGAAGUCCUGGAGAUGUACACCAACGGGCUCUCAGGCCCCAUCCCCUCCCAGCUGGCCCUUGCAGUGUCCCUCCACUCCAUUGCCAUGGACGACAACCAGCUCUCAGGGCUGCUCCCCCCCGAGCUAGGGGACCUACCCAAAUUAUCCGCCAUCUAUGUGGCGAACAACAAGCUGGAAGGCCCCAUUCCGGACUCAUACAGCAAGCUCGAGUCGCUCAUGUACCUGGACGUGAGCUACAACGAGGGUAUAAACGGCACUAUCCCAGAGUUUCUAGGGAAAAUGGCACGCAUCCAGUCCAUAGCCUUUGAGUAUUGUGACUUAACCGGCCCCAUCCCAGCCAACCUGGGCGAGCUGCAGAACAUAGUCGAGAUCUUCCUCGACAACAACCAGCUCACGGGGGACAUCCCGCCCUCCCUGGGUCAGCUCGUGACGCUCAACAAGCUCUUCCUCAACCACAACAUGCUCUCGGGGGCCAUUCCCGUGGAGCUCUGUCAACUCACCAACAUCUACGACCUGAAUCUGGCCCGGAACCAGCUUCAGGGGGGCAUUCCCGCGUGCUUGGCACAACUGCCGCACCUAGCAACACUGGGCUACCUCCCGCCCUCGCUGGGGCAGCUCGUGACUCUCAAGCUCGUGACGCUCAACAAGCUCUUCCUCAACCACAACAUGCUCUCGGGGCAAAUUCCUACAGAGCUCUGUCAACUCACCAACAUUUAUGAUCUGUAUUUGGCGAGGAACCAGCUGCAGGGGACCGUUCCUGCGUGUCUGACACAGCUGCUGCACCUAGCCACCCUAACCUUGUCUAUGAACCUGCUUACAGGCCCAGUCCCGGAUGUCACCAGCACCAACGCUGUCAAGUUUGAGUACAACGGCAACUGCCUUGACAACGUGCCGGACCAACAGGACGUCUGCGCCGCUCCCACCACCACUCCUCCCUCCACAGACGGAACCCCCCCUCCAACGGACGGGACCCCCACUGACGGAACCCCCACUGAUGGGACCACCGCCAAUCCCCCCACAGCUGACGGCACCACCACUGACGGCAGCAGCAGCGGUGGCGGCGAUGCUGCUUCCCAGGAGUCUCCUCCUCCCGCUGAGGCUGCUGCUGCUUCAGUCUCUGCUCCUCCCCCUCCUCCCCCUGCCAACCAAGGUGCGUUCAGCUUUUUCAUCUCAGGGGUAGCAGCAGCAGCGGUGGCAGCAAUGCUGCUUCCCAGUAGUCGCCUCCCCCAGCCAGGGCUCCACCACGGCAGCAGCGUGUGUUCUGUGCUGUGGGGCUUCUUUAUAGUCUUCAAAGCUCUCUGCAUCUCCCCUCUCGCCCUCUUCCCCCUCCCUCCCAUCCUGCCCCUUCCCCUCCCUUCCCCCUCCCCCACUCCUCUCCCCCAACCCCUCUUUCCUCCUCCACGUAUUCGGUUCCAGGCUCCCCAGCAGCAGCCUCUGGAACCUCCUCCUCCAAUCGCCCAGACCAAUGUACGUCCCCUCUCUCCCUCCCUCCCCUCCGCCCUCCCCCCCUUCUCUCCCUCCCUCUCCCUCCUCUUUUCCUUCCUCUUCUCUCUCCUCUCUGCCUUCCUCUCCUCCUCCUCUCCCUCCUCUUCGCUCUCUAUUCCCCCUCUCUCCCUCAUUACAUCAGGGUCAACGCCAGUGCCCGGCAUAAUCACCAUUGUAGUCUUCACGACUGCUCUCGUUGCCCUCAUCGCCGUCGCCUACUACUUGAGCUACCGCCAAGGGAACUCUGACGGCUCUAACCGCGCCGACCAGUUGCCAGUAACGGAGUACAGCCUGUCAAAGAUCAAGAAGGCAACACGAAACUUCACCACAAUCUAUGGGCGGGGAAGCUUUGGCAUGGUAUACCUGGCAGAGGACUUUUUCCGAGACCAGUCUGACCCGCGAGCCAUCAUCAAGCGAGCCCAUGACCCGCAGAAGCUGGGUGAAUUUCUGUUCAAGUGCAAGGUGGAGGUGCUGGCAAGGGCACGGCACCGCUACCUGGUGAACCUGCUGGGGUACUGUGUGGGCAAGGGCGAGCGCAUCCUCGUUUAUGAGUACCUCUCUAAUGGCACACUCUUCGACCGCCUACACAGGCCGGAGCUGGAACCGCUUCCCUGGGAAACGCGUGUGAGCAUAGCAGUGAACAUCGCGUGUGCCUUGGAGUAUCUGCAUCACGGCGUGUCUCCCCCCCUCGUGCACCGCGCUGUGACCUCCUCCAACAUCCUGCUCGCCCACGAUAUGAGCGCCAAGCUGUCCGAUUUCGGCAUUGCUCGAGGCAGCGGCGGAGCAACGUCAUCCUUUGAGGAGAAUCCGCGGAGGCAGCGCAAGUCGCGGGCGGGGAGGGCAGAGAGGGGGGAGGCGAGUGAGGCGAGCAUGCAGAUGGAGAAGGUGGACGUGUAUGGGUUCGGAGUGGUGCUCCUGGAGCUCAUCACGGGGCAGAAGGCCAUGAAGGAGGUCCACAUCACCAGCGUGGUGAGUCAGUCACGGUGCAUGCGGUACGUGCAGUAUGAGGCGAGCAUGCAGAUGGAGAAGGUGGACGUGUAUGGGUUCGGAGUGGUGCUGCUGGAGCCGAUCACGGGGCAGAAGGCCAUGAAGGAGGUCCACAUCACCAGCGUGGCCGCCCCUUACCUGGAGAAUGCCCAGAUGAUGCCUCUCAUGGUGGACCCGCAGCUGGGCAGCUACUUCAACUCGCUUCCUUUCCCCUCACCAUCUCUACCUCCCUAUUUUCGUCCUCCGUAUGUCGCUUCCUUUCCCUACCAUCUUCACUUCCCUGUUGCUUCCUCCCCACCGUCUCCCUCCUCCCCACCGCCCCCCUCCCUCCUCUCACAGGCCGCCCCUUACCUGGAGAAUGCCCAGAUGAUGCCUCUCAUGGUGGACCCGCAGCUGGGCAGCUACUUCAACUCGCUUCCUUUCCCCUCACCAUCUCUACCUCCCUAUUUUCGUCCUCCGUAUGUCGCUUCCUUUCCCUACCAUCUUCACUUCCCUGUUGCUUCCUCCCCACCGUCUCCCUCCUCCCCACCGCCCCCCUCCCUCCUCUCACAGGCCGCCCCUUUCCUGGAAGAUGCCCAGAUGAUGCCUCUCAUGGUGGACCCGCAACUGGGCGGCUACUUCAACCAAUCAGAGCUCAUCGAGCUCGGCACCAUCGCGCGCGACUGCGUGCAAGAAGACGCGUCCAGCCGCCCGACCAUGCGCGAGGUGCUCCAAACCAUGGAGGAGCGACUCCGCCUCGACGCCCACCUCUUUGACAACCUUAACGAGGACGAUGCUCUGCUGGUCGAUGGGUACUCUGCGGCGGUUCCCGCUGCUGUGACUGCCAGCGGGAGGCGGUCGGGGGUCGGGUUUGGAAGCCUGCGGCUGAGUGUGGGGGGAGGGGGGACGAGUUCGGGGAGGGGUGGGGAGAGUGGGCGGUGGGGGGCAAGUGUGGAGAGUUUUGCGCAGUCGAUCAAGUAUGUGCUGAUGAGUCCAGGGCGGGCUGGGAGUGGGAGGGGCGGGGCGGGUGGUUUGCCGGUUGAUGACCCCCAUGACCUCGAGAUGUCAUCUCUUCUUGUCAUGAACGCAGCUGAUGCGAGGCGGUGGACCGAGGAGAGGGGAAUAAGGGGAGAGGAGAGGGAAGUAGGGAGGGGGAAGUGGGAGCAGGGGAGAGGGAAUGGGGGGCAGGGAGAGUGGCCGGUGGUGGGCAAGUGUGGAGAGUUUUGCGCAGUCGAUCAACUGAUGCACGGCGAUAGGGGGAUACCUGGUGGGGGCAGAGGAGAGGGGAAUAGGAAGGGAGGUAGAGGUGCAAGGGAUGGGGCGGGUGGGUUGCCGGGGGACGUCAUGGUUGCAAGGGGUGAUGAGGGGGCGGUGGGCGGGGAGGGGAGAGGGGGGGAGGGAGAUGAGGGGUGCGUGGGGGGUGGGGGAAGAGGAGGGGAGGGGGAGAGGGCUGGAAUGAGGGGUGAGCGGAGGGGAGAUGGAGAGGGGGGGUGUGCAAAAAAAAGGAGCAAGUGCACGGGGGAAGAUAAGCGAUGCACGCAGGGGAGUGCAGGGAGAGGGGGGGAAGAGGAAGGAGAGAGGGGGUGA